ACAAGACAGAUAAAGUCUACGUUAGGGUUGUCUUGAAUAGCACAGUCUAGAAUCUUCUUUACAUUAAACUGCAAAAUAAAACCUCUUAAACCCUAGCUGUAGGGUUUAUGAUCAAACUGAUACGCGUUCCAAUUCUGAGCCAGAGCUGUCAAACAAGUCCGAACCGUCUGCUUGCAUUGCAGAACUAAAAGCUUGGUGAAGAAGCAGAGGCAGAAUGUAUCAGGCUUCGAGGCGUUCCAUCUCGGCCGCGGUCCGAGCCCCUGCGCUCAUUCGAGGUUCUGCUGUCCCUGUAACAUCCAGCCCUUACUGCGCUUUCGAAAAGAUCAUUGAUAAUAAUGAUGGAGGAAACACUGCACCCCCCAGCUUUUCUUCGCCACGGUUUUUAUCCACUUUGACAUUAGGAUCAGCGGGGUCUAUUAAGCCAGGAAUUCUAACAUCAGCGCUUCCAUUCGGGUCGAGGUUUAUGAUUUUACCUGGUUCUGUUCGGGGCGAGGCUACUGUUGCCGAGGUGGAAACUACCGAAGGGCCAGUUGAAAAAUACGAAUAUCAAGCAGAGGUUAGUCGACUUUUAGACUUGAUAGUGCACAGUUUGUACAGUCACAAGGAAGUGUUCUUGCGUGAGCUAAUCAGUAAUGCAAGUGAUGCCUUGGACAAGCUUCGCUUUUUAAGUGUAACAGAGCCCAGUCUUCUUGGAAAUGGUGGUGAAUUAGAGAUUAGAGUUAAAGCAGAUAAAGAAAAUGGGACUAUUACACUGCUGGAUUCUGGUAUUGGGAUGACUAAAGAAGAGCUUGUAGAUUGUCUAGGAACAAUAGCUCAGAGUGGAACUGCAAAGUUUAUGAAAGCAUUGAAGGAUAGCAAAGAAGCAGGUUCUGACAAUUUGAUUGGUCAAUUUGGUGUUGGAUUUUACUCAGCUUUUCUUGUCUCUGAUAAGAUUGUUGUCUCAACAAAGAGCCCAAAAUCAGACAAGCAAUAUGUGUGGGAAGGACAGGCUGAUACGAGCUCUUAUGUAAUCCGAGAAGAAACAAUUCCUGAUAAAUUGAUUCCAAGAGGGACAAGUAUUACUCUACACCUCAAGACCGAGGAUAAGCUUGAGUAUGCAGAUUCUGAAAAGCUGAUGAGUCUUGUCAAAAACUAUUCACAAUUCGUAUCUUUUCCGAUAUAUAUAUGGAAGGAGAAGACACAAGCUAUAGAGGUUGAAGUUGACGAUGAAGCAAAGGAGGGUGAAGCAAUUGCACCAGAGGGUCAGAAGAAGAAGAAAACAAAAACUAUUACAGAGAAAUACUCAGAUUGGGAGUUGGCCAAUGAAACUGAACCUAUCUGGAUGCGUAACACAAAGAGUGUCUCUACAGAGGAGUACAAUGAAUUUUACAAGAAAACUUUCAAUGAAUAUAUGGAUCCUCUUGCAUGCACUCAUUUUAAUACAGAGGGCGAAGUUGAAUUUAGGGGUAUUCUUUACAUACCUGCUAUAGCUCCCAUGGGCAGGGAAGACAUAGCAAAUCCGAAGACUAAAAACAUUCGUCUGUAUGUGAAGCGCGUGUUUAUUUCAGAUGAUUUUGAUGGGGAAUUGUUUCCACGGUAUUUGGGAUUUGUUAAGGGUGUGGUGGAUUCAAAUGACUUGCCGCUUAAUGUCUCCAGGGAGAUCCUUCAGGAGAGCCGCAUUGUUCGAGUCAUGAGGAAACGCCUUUUAAAAAAGACAUUUGAGAUGAUUUCAGGCAUUGCUCUUAGUGAGGACAAAGAGGACUACAAAAAGUUUUGGGAUAACUUUGGAAAGAAUCUUAAGAUAGGUGUUAUUGAAGAUAAUUCAAAUCACAAAAAAUUGGCUCCUCUUCUUCGUUUCUUUUCAUCAUACAGUGAGGAUGAGCUUAUCAGCUUGGAUCAGUAUGUUGACAGCAUGAAAGAAGGGCAGAAGGACAUCUAUUAUAUCGCUUCGGAUAGCAUUACUAGUGCCAGAGAUGCACCUUUCUUAGAAAAGCUUCUAGAGAAAGAAUAUGAGGUUCUAUAUCUUGUCGACCCAAUUGAUGAGGUUACUAUCCAGAACCUCAAGUCUUACAAGGAUAAGUCAUUUGUGGAUAUUACAAAAGAAGACCUAGACUUGGGUGAUAGAGAUGAAGCAAAGGAAAAACAAGUUAAAAAAGAAUUUUUAUCAUUCUGUGACUGGAUGAAGGAUCAUCUGGGGGACAAAGUGGCAAAGGUUGAUAUAUCUAAUAGACUAAGUUCUUCACCCUGUGUGCUUGUUUCUGGGAGGUUUGGAUGGUCAGCAAACAUGGAAAGGCUCAUGAAGGCUCAAACAAUGGGGGAUACGUCGAGUAUGGAAUUCAUGCGCUCUAGAAGGAUCUUGGAGAUAAAUCCAGAACAUGCUAUUAUAAAAAAUUUAAAUGCUGCAUGCAAAGAUGCUCCAAAGAGUCAAGAUGCCCUGAAAGCAAUUGAUCUCUUAUAUGAUACAGCUUUAAUUUCCAGUGGUUUUACUCCUGAGAAUCCUGCAGAAUUGGGUGGUAAAAUAUACAGUAUGAUGGAUAUUGCAUUAGCUGGAAAAUGGGCAGGUUCCACUACAGAGGGUUUUAAUGAUAAUGCAUCAGAAUCAUCAUCAGCUGUUGGAGUUGAAGAGACAGAAGUUAUUGAAUCUGUUCAAAAGCAAGAAACACCCUCAGAAGUUAAUGAAGCUUCAGAGGCAGAAAUUAUUGAAUCUGCUGAAGUGCAAGCCGAGAGUACUUCUUCAAAGAAGUAGAUGGCAUUAUUCUGAAUUGGAUGGGGGUUUGCAGUGUUAAUGAAAAUUGAUUGUACGAUCAUGUCCAGGAGGCUGAGAAAUCUAGUUAGAUUCCUUAGGUUUGACACCCAUAUUUUUGAGGUUCUUUUGUAGCUGUAGGCAGGUAUGAAACAGUUAUUAGUUUUCAUAGUUCUGAAGUCAGCAAAAUAUCUAAGUUGUUUAUAAGGGGUGUCAUGGUGCUGAUCUUCACGAGUUGUUAUUUUUUACAGAGUUAUAUAUAAAUUAAGCUAAUAGGCUUUUUUAA